CCGGUGUAACACACGAGGCUCCGCCUGGCAGAUCUACCGGCAUUUUCGUUGCAUCAGCUGUCAUAUAGACCGCCAAUUCAAAAUUGAUUGCUUUUAAAUAAAAUAAAACCUCAAGGAUUUAUCAUCGAAACGCGAGUCCGAUCGAUUCUUAUAAAGGAUUUCGUCGAUUGCGCUACACGUUUUUGACACUGUUAAAACAUAACGGCGCAGAGGCUCGGUGGGACAUCCAGCUCAUCACUGUAACCGGAGUGCGAUCGGUUUUGAGCCUUACUACGAAACAUAUCGCACAGAUUGUUGACGUGAAUAGGCUCGGGGGAACCUAUCACACUCCUUAAUUGUUUGUAGCUUAUCGUAAUGGACAUCUGUUCAACAUCUUGAUUGAAAUAGAUAGUCGUCGCUUCGAGUGGCACUGCGUGGCAAACCACCGUCUGCGAUCACGCUCUGUACUUUCCUUGGGACGACUCGUCGCGCCUUUUAUCGUGUCCGGCUGUUUUCAGGCGCCACCAGUGUGGAUCUGAUAUGCAUCAGCGGGGCUCGUUUGUCUCUCCGUUGCUCAGCGGUGUUUUCUGUCAGUGCCGCACUGAGGAAUAUCAGGGCUCUGAUCCCGGUGGCGGUGGACGGACUCUGAGCUCAGCAUAUCCGCCAGAAUUGCCCUCCGAGCACGGCCAUGACGAGUCUUGCGACUCUCCUCAUCAAUGCGCGGUGUGUGGCGGACCCGAGCAGGAGCACAGGCUCAAGGUCCUCUUCCAAAUUUUGGAUGUUAAUAGAGACGGAGGCAUCUGUGUCAACGAUCUGACCAUCGGACUGAAGAAGUUGGGCGUUCAUAGGACUGAACAUGAGCUCAUGAAAGUUGUCAAGGCUGGAGACAAGGACCUGGACGGUCAGUUGGACUUUGAAGAGUUUGUGCACUACCUGAGGGACCACGAGAAAAAACUGAGGCUGGUCUUCAAGAGCCUGGACAAAAAGAAUGAUGGUCGCAUAGAUUCACAAGAGAUCAUGCAGUCAUUGAGAGAUCUUGGGGUUCAUAUAUCCGAAGAACAGGCUGAAAAGAUCCUAAAGAGAAUAAGGAGGGGUCAUAAUUUGGCCCCUAUAAUAUAUAUGGAUAAAAACGGCACAAUGACCAUUGACUGGAAUGAAUGGAGAGAUUACCAUCUCCUUCAUCCUGCUGAAAACAUUCCUGAAAUCAUCCUCUACUGGAAACACUCUACGAUAUUUGACGUGGGUGAAAGUAUGAUGGUCCCUGAUGAGUUUACAGCAGAGGAGAAGAAAACGGGCAUGUGGUGGAGACACCUGGUAGCAGGAGGUGGAGCAGGUGCCGUCUCUCGCACCUGUACCGCACCUCUGGACCGCCUUAAAGUUCUUAUGCAGGUUCACGCGUCACGCAGCAACUCCAUGGGAAUCUUCGGAGGAUUCACCCAAAUGAUCAACGAGGGUGGAUUACGAUCACUGUGGCGAGGGAACGGCAUGAACGUUUUGAAAAUUGCACCUGAAUCUGCCCUCAAGUUCAUGGCGUAUGAGCAGAUAAAGCGUCUGAUUGGUAGUAAUCAAGAGACAUUAGGGAUCCUGGAGAGAUUUGUUGCCGGGUCUCUAGCAGGAGCUUUUGCUCAGAGCAGCAUCUACCCAAUGGAGGUUAUAAAAACUCGUCUUGCCCUGGGAAGGACGGGUCAAUUCGAAGGUAUCGCAGACUGUGCUAAACAUAUAUUUAAAAGGGAAGGUGUGGCGGCCUUCUACAAGGGUUAUAUUCCCAAUAUGCUGGGUAUCAUCCCUUAUGCUGGAAUCGACCUGGCAGUUUAUGAGACCCUCAAGAACUCGUGGCUGCAGAGGUUUGCUACAGACAGUGCUGAUCCAGGUGUCUUUGUGCUGCUAGCCUGUGGUACAAUGUCUAGUACAUGUGGACAGUUAGCAAGCUACCCAUUAGCCUUAGUAAGGACACGUAUGCAAGCACAAGCAUCAGUGGAAGGCAGCCCCCAGAUGACUAUGAGCGGUCUCUUCAGACACAUUAUACGGACAGAGGGUGCUAUUGGACUCUAUAGAGGCUUGGCACCUAAUUUUAUGAAAGUCAUUCCUGCUGUCAGCAUAAGCUACGUGGUCUAUGAGAACUUAAAAAUCACCCUUGGCGUCCAGUCCCGGUGAGAGGAAUCUGAAGACUGUUAAAUCCAUAAUGGUAUCUGUUUAUAUAUUCCAAGUGUCUUUUGGACCAGAAAAAUAUUUUGUCCAAAAGGGCCGGAUGCACUCGAAAGGAAGCAUAACAUGGUUGGCCACCAAAGAGCUUGCAUGCUGGAAGAAGGAAACCUUUCUGUCAGAGACGGGUUUUUCAUCUCAUCAGUGAAUGGCAGAGGAGAUGAAAUGCAUAAGAAGAGAAACAAUAAAUGGAUAGCUCACCUAACAAUGAAAGUUUUGCCAUCAUGUCCUCAGACAUACUAUUGUUCGAAGUAUACUGACCCAUAUUACUUUUUUGACCACAAUAGGCAAUAAGUCAGGGACUGACAACCUCAGCUCCCAUUUUCUUUUACUGUAAGAAGAAAAAUGCAAUGAAAGCAAAUUGAUUCAGGUUGUCAGUCCCCACCCCACUAAGUGUGAUAUUAAUAAUUACAACAUUUUCAGUAAGGUAACCAUUGUUACAUACAAACUACAAGUGGAUACAAUAUGGGCAUGUCAGAACUGGAUCACAAAAAAACCCAAAUAUCAUGUGAAAGAUUUAGGUUUCUUGUUUAUAUUAGAUUUCAGUAUGGAUCAAUAUACAAAACCUCUUUAUAUUAAACUUCUUUGAAGGAAAAAUGAUCCAGACAUUUAACAAUGCCAGAAUGACUAAAGAGUUUAGUGGAGAAAGUCAAUAACUGCAUUCAUUCAUUCAUUUCAAUGACACAACUGGAAUUAUAUGCACUAAAGUAUUUGGUAGAUAUGGCUCUAAUAAUCCAGGACUGACAACUUUAAUUUACAAAAUCAUCAUUCCACUGGAUGGCAGUGUUCUGUAAGAAAGGGCUUGAUCAGCAGGACAGACUCCUUUAUAGACCUUUAUGUUAUAAAAUCACUCAAAUAUUUUAGCAUUUUCCAUACAGAAUUUAUUAUUUUUAUUUUUUAUUAAUGUUUUUUUAUCAUUGACAUCCUAAUAUCUUAAAAUGAAGUGUGUGUGUGUGUGUGUGUGUCAAGGAGAACGUAAGGAAAUGUUUAAAUAAUCUUGUUUUAGGAUUGCAAGUGUUAUACAUCAAAUGGUCCAAAACGAACAUUGUUUAGCUUUUUAAUGUUAUUUCAGCUUUUCAUUGUAAUUUAUUUUUUUUUGUAUAUUGUUUUCUUUAGGUUAUUUAAUAUGCAUUGAUAAGUUCACUGUAACAACACUACAUUUACACACUCCUCUUGCUUACUGACAACUUAUUUUGCGUUAACAGAAAUGUUGUACUCAUUACCAUUAUUGUUCAAGUUUAAACGCUUUGGGCAAGUUCAAUUUGAAAUCAGUUGUGAAUCAAGUUUAAAUCGUUUAAAUAACAUUGUUGAUAUUUUAGGUAACAUAAUUUUUACAAAUUUCUUCAUACAAUAUAUAUGGUCUGCACUAUUGCAGUUUAAAUAUAGUUUUAGUUUUGCUAAAUCCCAUAUAUUCCCCCAGUGUUAGUUUGCAAGGAUAACACACUUGAUUUCUACUCGCUUCUUAUGAAUGAACAUAUUUAAGCACUUUAUUUUAUUUAAAAUAACCAGACUUGAAUAUUCCAUAGGAGGAUUUACAGUGGAAUUGUGGUGGAAUGAUUUAUAGGAGUAUUUAGGUUGAGAUUUUCAUUUAUUUUACUUUUGUGUUUAAUGUUGCAUCAGUUUAGGGGUAAAAGGGUUCAGCCUUUAUAAACACUACAAAUGUAUGUUUGUUCUUGAACUGGACACAGGAUCUUCAAGGUUGGCAGUUAAAGGAAAACACCACGGUUUUCCAAUAUUUUACUUUGUUCUUACCUCAACUUAGACGAAUUAAUACAUACCUAUCUUUUUUCAAUGCGUGCACUUAAUCUUUGUACAGCUCGUUGUGAAUGUGUUAGCAUUUAGCCUAGCCCCAUUCAUUCCUUAGGAUCCAAACACUUCCAUGUUUUCCCUAUUUAAAGACUGUUACAUGAGUAGUUACACGAGUAAGUAUGGUGGCACAAAAUAAAAUGCCAUUUUUUUUAAGCUGAUAAAAAUGAGAACUAUAUUGAACUGAGUUCUCUUCCGCCAUACAAUAUAGUUCUCAUUUUUAUCCGCUUAAAAAUCACCACGUUUUAUCUUGUGCCACCAUACUUACUCGUGUAACUACUCAUGUAAGAGUCUUUAAAUAACAUGGAAGUGUUUGGUGGCUUCUAAAUUCAUCCCUGUUUGGAUCCUAAGAAAUGAAUAGGGCUAGGCUAAAUGCUAACACAUUCACGACGCGCUGUAGAAAGAUUAAAUGCACGCAUUGUAAAAAGAUAGGUAAGUAUUAAGUCGUCUAAGUUGAAGUAAUAAAAUAAUGAAAAACUGUGGUGUUUUCCUUUAAGAUCUUGACAUUUAGAUCAAGGAGUCACCCAUGCAACAACUUUUGUAUGUCAAGGCCAAAAACUCACCAGUUUGAGGGGUUGUUGCCCUUUGUAAUUCUACGAGACCUUAGUGUUAAUAUAGUUGCCUUAUUUAUGACUAAAAUAAAGCUGCUUUUAGAUUCGCAUAGGGAGACCGCAUUAAUGACAGACUGAAAUAUUUUUCUAUGGAUUUGAUUCUCAGGUAGACUCCUGUGCAGGUUUGGGUUGAAGAUAAGUUUUCACAAGUGAGCUCUAAAACAUGCUCAGUAACAGAUCUACAUGUGUAUAACUUUUAUGGAGUGAGAGUUUGUGCAAAACAUAAAAACUGUUUGCUUUGUCAAAAUACUUAAAAAAAGAUCUGGGAAAUGUAACACAAUUUUAACCCUUCUGUGGCCUGAUGGUAGUCUAACUGAACUCAGCUGUAACCCUAAUCCCUUUGAAUCAAUGCAGUUUUUUAAUGCAUCUAUGCGUGUCUGGUCUAAAUAUGCACAAAUUGCACUGUCAAGUUUUUACUUGGCUUUCAAAGCUCUAUUGCCCGCCCCAUAACAGAUGCGGCUAUUUUGUCAAUGUUUUGCAUUUUGCACCUUUCUCCACUUUUCUUGAUGGAGAGAUCUGAAAUCUGUGUGAAAUCUGAAAUCUAUAGCCUUACAGUUCAGCUGUUGCCAUAGCCAUGUUAUGGCUUCUGUGAGUUUGCCACACACACACAUAUAUAUGUAUAUAUCAAUAUGUACUGUUGCUGGAGUCCCCUGAAUAUCAUAAAUACAAUGUUCAAAUAUAUCCAAACAUAUCUAGAUGUGAAGACACAUCUGUGAAGUUUAAGUGGAUGCUAAAAUCAAUGCAAAAACGUUUACUGGACAAUGAAAAUCAAAUCUAUGUUGUCCUGUAUGCUGGAGAAUGCAUAAAGUGAAUGUAGAGUAAAAAUAUUUAUGUUUGUAAGGUAACUUAAAUAAAGUUAUUCUUGACUCUGA